ACUCGUUUUACAUCAGAGAACUCAUUCAAGAGUGAGACCUUUCAGAUGCAGUGUAUGUGACAAAGCCUUCAUGGUUAGGACACAUCUCAUGGUACAUCAGAGAAUUCACAUGGGAGAGAAGCCUUAUGAAUGCUCACAUUGUGAGAGAGCCUUCUCGAAAAAGGCUCAGCUCAUGAUUCAUCAGCGAAUUCACACAGGAGAGAGACCAUAUGGAUGCAGUGAAUGUCCACAAGCUUUUAUCCAGAAGUCAGAUCUCACUAAUCAUAAGAAAACUCAUCAUGCAGUAGGGAAAUCUCAUGAAUGCAGUGAAUGUGGGAAGGUUUUGUCCUAUAAGUCAACUCUCACCAUCGAUCAGAGAACCCAUACAGGUGAGAAACCCUUCAAAUGCAGUGUAUGUGAUAAAGCCUUCACAUCAAAGGCACAUCUCAUUGUGCAUCAGAGAAUUCACUCAGGAGAGAAACCCUAUGAAUGCUGGGAUUGUGAGAAAGCCUUCUCCACCAAGGCACAUCUCAUGAUUCAUCAGCGAACUCAUGUGGGAGAGAGACCUUAUGGAUGCAAUGAAUGCCAACAAGCUUUCAUCUGGAAGUCAGGUCUCACUAACCAUCUGCAAAGUUGUCACACAAGAGUGAAAUCUCAUGAGUGCAGUGAAUGUGGGAAGGUUUUGUCCUGUAAGUCAACUCUCAUUAUACAUCAGAGAACACAUAUGGGUGAGAAGCCUUUCAAAUGUAGUGUAUGUGAUAAAGCUUUCACAGCCAAAUCCCAUCUCAGUGUACAUCAAAAAGUUCAUACAGGAGAGAAACCGUAUGAAUGCUACGAUUGUAAGAAAGCAUUUGCUACUUUGUCAACUCUCAUUGGUCGCCGGGGAACUGACACAGAAGAGAGGCCCUAUGGAUGCAAUGAAUGUCAAAAAGCCUUCUUUCGGAAGUCAGCUCUUAUAAAUCAUCAGCAAACUCAGCAUAGAAGAAGCUCUGCUAUGCAAUGACUGUGGGAAUUGAGAAAGCUUUUUUUACUAGUCAUAUCUACUCAGAGAACUCAUACAGAAUAGAAAUGCUAUGAUUAUAGUGCACCCUUCUGGAACUCCCACAGGAAAGAAACCUUCCAGAUGCAAUGAAAGUUGUAAGCCUUCCACGUGAAGACAUCCCCUCAUUAUACCAUAGGGAUCUCCCCGCAAGAGAAACAUUAUAAAUGCAGUGAUUGUCAAAAGACUUCAUUUGAAAGUCAGAGGCAGUGCAUUUAGGAGGCACUGUGGAUGCAGUGCAAGUGGAAAAUCAUUCUUUUUCAAAUCAUAUUUGUUAUAUGUUGGGGCAUUCAUUCAGCAGAGGGACCCCAUUGUUGCAGCAAAGGCAAGAAAGCCCAGAAAAAUCAUAUCUCAUUGUACAAAAAAAAAUUUCAGGAAUGUUGUGAUAAUGAGAGCAUCUAGAAAGUCAAAACUCUUUGAACAUCUUGUAUGAGAGAGAUAGAUGCAGUGAAUGUGGUAAAGUCUUGCCAAUUAAUGCAUAUCUCCCUUACAUCAGCAAAUUCAUUUAGGAGGGACACCCUAUUAAUGUAGUAAACGUCACAAAGCCUUUAUGUAGAGGUCAGAGCUCACUAAUCAUCUGUAAACUCAUAAUAGACCCCUUAGAAACAGGGAAUGUGGACAGCCUUUGAAAGUGACAUAUUAAUAUAUGUUCUUAAUUCAGGAGAGAAUCAAAUGGAUACAGUUAAAGUCUGCCUUUGGCCACAAAACUUGUUGCACAGCGAGAAAGAAAUACCAUGAAUUAGAGUGAUUGUCUAAAAUGCUUUAUUUACAGUUCAGAGCUCCUUCAUUGCCCACCAACUCAAAUAGCAGAGAGACCGUAUUCUCAGACAAGGCAAUAAUUUCUAGAUUCAUUGAAGGUAUGCAAUCCUUAAGGAAUCAUAUCUCUAUUCUACACCAGCAAACUCAUACAUUACAGAAAUACUGUGAUUAUAGUCACCGAAAAUGCUUUCUGCGAAGGACUGGAUAUCAUUAAGCAUCAUAAGUUCUUAAAAAUAGUAACAGAAUUUGCUGCAUGCAGAGAUUUUAUGAAUGCAAUGAGUGUGGCAAGAGUAUCAGUGAUAAAUUAUAUUUUAUUUUUAUUUUUGUAUUUCAUGGAUUUGUUUCUUCGUAUCUGACCAUAUCUUAAAUUAAGAUUCAUGUUACAGUUGAUCGAAUGUCAUAAUUUAAUUGUCAGGGCUUUUCUCUGUUUGAUGGCAUUUUAGAUUUGGGUAAUUAAGUAGACUUGGAAGCUAUAUAUAGAAUGAAAUAAUUUUAUGAGGGUUUAACAUAAUUGUUUUAGAAAGGAUUCCAGAGAAUAUUCUGCUACAAAUAUUAGACAUUUUCACUGCACAUACAAUGCCAUUUGAAUAUAUGAAAAAAUCAGAACAUAACAAGGAUCAGUUAUUGAAUAGUGACAAAGGUUUGUAGGGGUUAUGUUGUGGCCUCUACUACGUAACAUGGACUUUAUGUAUUUAACUUUAUUAUGUUUCUGGAAUUACACGAAGGAACAUAAUUUUUAGGGUUUAAUAAGUUCUCAGCAUAGUUAUAAAAUAUUGAGUAAUAUAACCUAAUAUAAAUAGAAAUCUUCUAUUUCCUUUUAAAUAAAAAUGUCUCGUAAUA